AAAACGAUGUACAUAUUUUCUUUAAAAUGUGUCGUUGUUUAUGCCAUUUAAUAUCAAGUUUACUGUCAUUUCAAUACUUUCUUGGAUGUAUAAAGGUUAGCAAAUCUCUAAUGUCGCGAAAUCGAAUGAUGGACUCACAGCGGGCAUGUUCGACGGGAGAAUUAACAACUGACGGUUGUGGUUUGGUUGGGAGUGGACGAACAAUGCAUCAUUCACAUUCUACACCAGCAGGAGUUGACGGUGGAGCUCGUACACCACCAGCAACUCCUAAAAAAGGUGGAAAAAUGCUUGCCGUACGAGUACAAAUGUUAGAUGAUUCCAUAACCAUGUUUCAAAUUCAGGCCAAAGCAUUAGGGCGAGUUUUAUUUGAUCAAGUUUGUAAGCAAUUGCAUCUAUUAGAAGCCGAUUAUUUUGGUCUCGAAUACCAAGACCUAGCUGGAACUAGGUAUUGGUUGGAUUUACAAAAACCAGUAUCUCGUCAAUUAGGAUUAUCUUUAAUUGAUCCAUUAUUACGUUUUUGUGUUAAAUUUUACACCCCGGACCCAGGCCAAUUAGAAGAAGAAUUUACACGUUAUUUAUUUUGUUUACAAAUUAAACGAGAUCUUUCUCAAGCUCAUUUACAGUGCAAUGAUAAUACAGCAGCUUUAAUGGCUAGUUAUAUAGUUCAAGCGGAAUGUGGUGAUUAUGUAGCAGAAGAUUAUCCAGAUCAUACGUACCUCUCGUCAUACAAAUUUGUCCCCCAUCAAGACCAUGAAUUAGAAUGCCGCAUUAUGGAAAAUCAUAAAAAACAUGCUGGUCAAUCACCAGCCGAAGCUGAUUUAAAUUUGUUGGAAACAGCACGUCGUUGUGAAUUAUAUGGAAUGAAAAUGCACCCAGCAAAAGAUCAUGAUGGUAUUACAUUAAAUUUAUCUGUUGCGCAUAUGGGAAUUGUUGUCUUCCAACAUUUUAGUAAAAUAAAUACGUUUUCAUGGGCUAAAAUUAGAAAAAUUUCAUUUAAACGUAAACGAUUUCUUAUUAAACUUCACCCAGAAAGUUAUGGCGUUUACAAGGAUUUAGUAGAAUUUUACUUUGAAGGACGAAAUGAAUGUAAAAAUUUCUGGAAAAAAUGUGUUGAACAUCAUGGAUUUUUCCGAUGUGCUGUGGUUAAAAAUAUUUCACGUCAUAAAACAAGAGUGAUUUCACGUGGUAGCUCUUUUAGGUAUAGCGGAAAAACUCAAAAACAAAUGGUGGAAUUCGUACGCGAUAAUUAUGUGAAACGUCAAACGUUUCAAAGGUCGGCAUCUUUCCGCCAUUCGGCGCAUUCUAGUGCUGUCAACGUGCACGCUGUAUCGGUGGGCACCAGCAUAUCUGCCCAUCCUUUGUUACCUCUCGCCGAUCCUUCACUUGCGGAGGAGCUCGACAAAGCAUCACGGAUGGAAUCAGCACGAGCGGGGCGGGGGGCUUCUCAGACGACGAGGUCAGCUUAUCGCCGCCAAGGCACAGCUACACACUCUCCACGCAGCUCUAUCACACUGGGCACACCCACCCCAGACAGUCCCACGGUAUUGGUGGAGGACACAACAGUGACGACGAGCUCGCCUUCACCUCCUCUGACGACGCAAUCGGUUUCAGUGGAAAUUUGUACGAGUACGAGCCGAGUACACGAUGCGAAAUCGAGGGGGGUAUAUCGAGACGAAGACAUCGACAACAGCACAGAGAAGCCGGAUAAAGAAAAUUUGGAAAAUGUAUCAUCACAGAAUAACAAUAAUAGUUUAUAUAAUAUUUCGUCAAAUUCAACGUCGCCAACGUCGCCUGAUUUACAGCAGCCAACAACAACGGUCCUUAAUAAUAGUGUUAAUAAUAACAUCAAUGGAAAUCAUGUCGAUGAAAAUGGAAAGAAAAAAUAUCGAUGGCCAACAGAUAAAUCAUUUUUCAUUGCAAAAGAAAUAUUAAUGACUGAAAAAAUUUAUAAAAAAGAUUUGGAUGUCAUUAAUGAGUAUUGGAGAAAUGAAUUCGGAACAGAGGAAAUGGAAGAAGUUGCUGAAUUAUUAUUAUCAUUAGUUUCUCCAUUAGCCACUGUACAUGCAGUUUUUGCUCGCGAUUUAGACUCAUGUUUACAAGGUUGGGAGAAUCAUACUUUACCUUUGGGUGAUAUUUUAUUAAAUAAUAUUCCAACAUUACUGCCGUUAUAUGAAGAAUAUUUAGAUGGUCACACAUUAGUACUAGAACAAUUGGAUAUAGCAUUUCGACGUAAUCCACGAUUCGAACAACUCUACAGAGAUUUCGAAUUACAAAAAGUUUGUUAUUUACCUUUUACAAGUUUUAUUUUAAAACCUUUACAUCGAUUGCUGCAAUAUCAGAAUUUAAUUGACCGACUAUUGGAAAGUUAUGACGAAAAUCGUUCCGAUCGUGCCAGUUGUAUUGCUGCACGUGCCGCCUUGACUCCAUUGUUGUCACCGGCAAAAGAAACUUUAAAGCAUAGUGAAAAUUUAGCAACACUACAUGAAUUACAACGUGAUAUUGUUGGAUUUGAUAUCUUAGGAACCCCAGGACGUAAUUUCUUACGACUCGGAUGUUUAUUAAAACAUUCAAGAAAAGGAUAUCAACAAAGAAUGUUCUUUUUGUUUUCAGAUAUUUUAUUGUAUACAUCGCGUGUACAAGGCGCUGCACAUUUUCGUGUACAUGGACAUAUGCCGUUACGUGGUGUGAUGAUUGACGAACCAGAAAAAGCACUUGCAAAAUAUGCUUUUACAAUUUAUGGUGGUAAUAGGGCUUUAACUGUAGCAGCUAAUUCACAAUACGAAAAAGAUUGUUGGGUGACUGAUUUACAAGAUGCUUUACAAAAAGCACGUGAUCAUACAGAUUCAAAUUUAACGUAUUUGAGUUUAAAAAGUUGUUGUUCUUCUGAUGAAAUAAUUGAUAAACAAGGAUUAGAUGGUUGCUCAUCCACUGAACGACCAAGUAUGCCCUUACAACGUAAUAAUACAACUGUACAAGUUUGUUGGCAUAGAAAUACAACAAUUAGUAUGGUUGAUCAAUUACUAUCCAUUAAGAAUCAAUUAUCUGGCUAUUUGCUACGCAAGUUUAAGAAUAGUAAUGGAUGGCAAAAAUUAUGGGUUGUAUUUACAUCAUUUUGUUUAUUCUUCUAUAAGAGUUCCACAGAAGAUUUUCCAUUAGCAUCGCUGCCAGUUUUAGGUUACACAAUUGGUACACCAUCACCAAGUGAUAAUAUUUCAAAGGAAUUUGUAUUUAAAUUACAAUAUAAAAAUCACGUAUAUUUUUUCCGUUCGGAAUCAAAUUAUACUUUCCAAAGAUGGUUAGAAGUCAUUGGUAGUGCUACCAAUCGUUCGGUUGAACAAAAUGGUAAUGAAUUGACGCAAGGAUUCUAGAUUAUACUCGUUAAACAUAUUUAUUCUUUUCUAAAAAGAAAACUCCAAUUUUUAUUUAUUUAAAAAGACGAAUUGUAUUAGUUUGUUUUAUAGAAUGUGAGUAUUACUUAGGUCCAACAAAAGGAGGCUUAUAAUUUAUAUGAUAAAGUCAUUUACUAUGAUACUUUUUUUGUAUCUAUAAGUAUAUAAAAUGUUUAUUUAUAUAAAAUUGAUUCUUUUUUUAGAUAGUAUAAAUUAUCCAAUGUAUCUGUCGCUGCCAACUAACUUAAUUAACCAUUUAAUUAAUAGGCUAGCCUUUUUACUAAACAGUGCCGUUCAACUAGCGGCCUGAAUAAUAUUCACACAUUUGAUCAAAAAAGAUCAAAUAUCUGACAUUAGAAAUUGUUUAUUUACGUAAUUUAAAAUGUAACAUAUUGUUAUUUGGUAAUCAUGUGGUCGAAUAGCGUAACUCGGUAAUAAAGUACACAUGUAAUUAAUAACGUAAGUUAAACUUCCAUGGCAUUUGGAUCCGUAAAAAACUUUGUUUCUAAAACAGGCACCUUUAUUAUUGCAACACUGAUUCACAGUAGGCUUACAACAACAUUUUUGGAAUCCCUGGUCACCAAAAAGUAAUUGACUUGCCAACAGCCUCUCUGAAAGAAAUUCGAAUAUCUGAAAUUUCGUCGCCAUAGUUUGUAUCUGAGUACUGCAACUCUUGCUGUGAAAACCUGUUUUUAAUAGUUCCAUACACAGUUCCAACUGUUUGUCAUUUUUUUGCAUAAUCGCAAUCAGACUGUGAGAAACAUCAACAAUAUUAUUGACAGUGUAUGGGUUUCAGCGGCAGGUGGCAGAAAGUGAACUAAAUUAAAUUGGCUAAAAUAGACAAGUAGUUAAAUGAUAUUGAUCCAAGUCAUUAGCCUAGCUAUUUGAUUGACUGGCUGAAUUUAGUUCAGGUCGCUAAGUGAACGGCUCCGUGAAGUAAAAAGGCUAGGCUAUUAAUUGAAUGGCUAAUUAAGUUAGUUGGCUGCGACAUAAGAUCGAGAAAAAUUAUUUGUUUUUACAAAAUAUUAUAUGUUAUUUUAGGAUAUCGCCUAAUUUUGACAUAUUAAUGAAUAUACGUAAUUAACUCCCAAACUUUAAUCAAGGUCACAAUUACACAGAGUUUUCUUAAUUAUUUUAAAAUCUGUACAUUGGAAUUAUAAAAUUAUGUUUUUUUAUAAUUUAUUACACAAAGGUUUUCUAAAUUGACACAACGUAAUACCUAUAAUUAUAUUUUAUUAUACAACCUUGAAAUAUCAUAUCCAAUAUGAAUUCAAACGUUUAGUAUAAUAAUAUGCAUGGGGGUGGGUUACUGGGCGUGGCAAGGAUUGUUAGAAAUCCCACCCAGAACUUGCACCGGCCUUAUAUACAUUUAGCGGAUUAAGUAAAUAUUUAUGAAUAUGGUUGUAAUUUUUUAAUUUUUAUGCAUAAAAUUCUGACUUGCCACUUCUGAACCUGAUCUUGAUUUCUCGAGAUAUUACGCUGUUUCAAUUUAAAUGAACCUAAUAGAGUCGU